AUGAGGCUGCUAUAUAUAGGAGCUACCUGACCUCAGCCAUGAGUAACUGCUGCAGGCGUUAGAACAAUUGGUUUGAUUAAUGCUUUUAAAAGUUUUGGCUACAAUGUUAAAUUUUUGAGUAUUAAAAAAGAAAACCCCUCGCAAAUCAAAGGAAUUGAAGAAGUUGGGGUGGAAAGGCAUUUUUGCGCAGCAAAUGAUGAGGAAACAUUUAAAUCACUUACAAAUGAAGAAGAUAUAUGUGUAUUUGAAACAGCAAGGGUUGAGGAAAUGUUUGGGCAUAUGGUCUAUCAAUUUCUUCCAGCCUGCAAAAGAGUGAUUGAUACUCAAGACCUUCACUUUUUGAGACUGGCAAGAGAAAAGAUGAUUAAUGAUAAGAGCAUUGAGCAGAUAAAGAACAUUGAAAUUAAUUGGAAAGAAGAAGAUGUGACCCGAGAAAUUUCAGCCAUGCUAAGAUCUCAUAGCACAAUACUAACUUCAGAGUUUGAGCAGAGGCUAAUACAAAAGCACUUUCCUUUUAUUAAAACAGUUUGUUUGCCGUUCUUCUAUUCUGAUCAAGAAAUCAAUGAAAAUAGCAGAAAAAAUUGUCACCUUAGGUAUCGAGAUAAUUUUGUAUACUCUCUGGCCUUAAAGUAUCAAUAAAUUUAACAAGCCACCAGAAAGGCUAAAACCCUGUGAUAUGGUAUAUGAAUUGGAAAUUUUACCCACCCUCCAAAUGUAGAUGCAGUCAAUUAUAUGGUAGAAAAAAUUUGGCCUGCUAUUAGAACAGCACUUGGAUGUGAGCUGCAUAUUUAUGGCGCACAUUGCCCAAAUAGCGAAGCAUGAAGAUCAAAUGGAGUAGUUGUAAAAGGGCCGAUGAAGAGUCUUGAAACUUUGAAGAAAUACAGAGUUCUGCUUGCUCCUAUAAGAUAUGGAGCUGGAAUAAAAGGGAAAAUUACUGAUAGUUUUCUGUAUGGGCUGCCUGUUUUAACUACUUCGAUUGGAGCAGAAGGAAUUGACCCUUUUCCUGGAGUAAUUGCAAACUCAACAGAAUCUUUGAUAGACGCUGCUAUAAGCAUGUAUGACAAUACCAUUUUGCUUCAAAAUUGCCAGCUAAAAGGCUUUAGCAUUCUAGCUCUCCCCCUCCGUUAGUGAACAAAAAAAUUUUGUUCACUCACGGAGGGGGGUUAAAUUUUUUUUUUUAAAAAAAAAAUUAGAAAAUAUUUUUUUUCGAAAUUUAAAAAAAUCCUAAUUCGCAAAUUGGAAAGCAAAUAUUUAUUUAAUUUAAAAAGCAAUUUGUUUAAAAUUAAACAGAAUUAGCUCUAGAUUUCAUUAUACUAAUUAUCACUUAUAUAUCAAAAUUUUUUUCCAUAAAAAAUUUUUCUAUUAAAAAUUUUUGUUCACUCUCGGAGGGUGGGUUUUUGGACAAAAAAUAGCGAUUUUUCUAAUGGUUUUGUUCACUCACGGAGAGGGGGGGGGAGUAAAAGAAAAAUUUUCAAACUCCAAAAACUCAUAUCUAUUACAAAAUCAUAUUAGGGGAUUAGAAGAUAAGCCUUUGCAUUCAGUUAUGUUUAGUGAAACUAUGAGAUCUACAUUUUAUUUCUCUAAGUACCUGCAGGCUAAAAAUAGUAAAACAAAUAGUAAGUAA